AUGAACUCUAAUAAUAUCUAUCCAUCAUUCGAAAUGGACAGUGAAUAACAUUAAUACAUUAAACUUAAAUUUGUAAUAUUAGAAAAAGAUUGGCCUUAUCCAAACUUCGAAAUUGUUGUAGCUUACAAUGACCCUCUCAUGUUUAUCAAUAAAGAAUUGCAAGAUAGGCAUGGAGGCAUUACAGAUAUCAGAUUAUAUUUAGAUGCUGAAAAGCAAAAUCAGUAAGUUAUUGAUUACAUUAGAUUACAAUAAAUAUUCAAUAAAAAGAUUGGAGAUGCUCUAGCAAUCAAAGGGUCGAAUUCUCAAGAAACUGCUCCUAAUGUUACUAUCUAUUACGAUUUUAAAAAUGCCACCAAAUCACCUGUUCAAUUGUUUUGAUCAUUAUAAAAAUAUAUUAUAAGCAUUGAUAAUAAAAUGGAUAAUAAUUUAA